CUUUGCCUUUGUUUUAGUACGGAAAAAAUGCCAAAAUUCCUUGUUUGGAGGAUUGGACAGUAAUACAGCUCCAGAUGAUUGGAAAGAGGCAGCAUUGGUGGCACUUCACAAACGUGAGCCAGGACACAGCUGCCCAAAUCGCGAACUACCUUGGAAAACAAGAACAGGUGGUAAUACAGGUCUAGAGUGUCAGUGCUAAAGCACUAACAUGAGCAUUAUCUAGGGAGGACCGAACAGAGGACCAAGACCAACAGGGUGAAAAAGGCAAGCAAAUAAAACUCAAGAAUAUAAGGAAAGAAAAAAAAGAAGAUGGAGAAGAAAACCAUGAACAUCCACAUCUGUCAUCGUGUCAGUCUUUAGAGUCUGGAGAAACUGAUAAAGCAGAAAUGUCUGAGGAAUAUGGCACUCCUGCUACUUCUUCUGAGGCUGCAGCAUCUCCAAAGCAGCGGCGGUCGGUCAUUCGAGACCGAGGUCCAAUGUAUGAUGAUCCUACCCUUCCCGAAGGCUGGACAAGAAAACUAAAACAAAGGAAGUCUGGUCGUUCUGCUGGGAAGUUUGAUGUUUAUUUGAUAAAUUAUUUCCAGAAGGUAGGAGAUACAUCCCUUGACCCAAAUGAUUUUGACUUCACAGUAACAGGAAGGGGUAGUCCUUCACGACGAGAACAAAAGCCAUCAAAAAAAACAAAAGUGCUGAAGACAUCUGGGACAGGACGAGGAAGGGGUCGGCCUAAAGGAAGUGUGAAGACUAGGCCUGUUUCUGAAGGAGUGCAGGUGAAAAGGGUGAUUGAAAAAAGCCCUGGGAAGUUACUAGUUAAGAUGCCUUUUUCUCCUGCACUGGAAAAAUCUGAAGUAGUUGCAGCAUCGUCCGAACAGGUUGCUAUAAAAAAGCGUCCCGGGAGGAAGAGAAAGUCUGAAGCAGAUAGCCAAACAACACCCAAGAAGAGGGGCAGAAAGCCAGGCAAUACUGUUAUAGCUGUAGAAGCAAAGAAAGUUGCUAAGGAAAUUUCCUUUGAGCCAGUGCAUGAAACAUUAUUGCCAAUAAAAAAACGCAAAACAAGGGAGGCAAUAACCACUGCAGAGGCUCCGCAAACAUUUACAAUGCCUGAGUCUGUUUCUUUAGUUGGUGAGACCAAUGGAAAAGGCCAAAAAACUGGGAACAGUACAGGGUACAAAGGCAGUGAGAGCAGUGCAAAAGUUUGGACAGAACAUCACUGCUGGCCUGCCAAAGUUGAAGUAUCUGUUGCAUCUCAACCAGAAAGUUCUAAAGACAAUAGAAGUUUUCAGGAUCCUCAGGACUUGAGCAUUAAAGUAAGCAAAGAGGAAAAUAUACCAAGAAGUGAAGUAGAGAGCGACAGUUAUCCAAAGGAGCCUGAUAAGUCUCAGUCCAUAGAAAAGUGUAAACUUCGAGUGGAGAGUGAAAGAAAGGACUCUGUUACUACAACAGUGCCAAGGCCAAGCCGAGAGGAGCCUGUGGACACCAGGACUCCUGUAACCGAAAGAGUUAGUUGACUUUAAGGAAGGGCUUAAAAUAAAUGAAUAAAGGCAGCUGUUGUCUCUUCUUGUGGGUAGGGCUCUGACAAAGCUUCCCAGAAAUGUUUCUACCCUGCUCCAUCUUCCCCUUCAUGUUUGAGUUUUGAGUCUUUGUGGUGGGACUAGGGGAAUGUUCUUGGUAUGUAACUGCCUACAUGCGAGAGAGCACAGUCAGGCUUAUGUUUUGAGUGGCCAGAAGCAGCUUUGCACUUUGAUACAGCAUCUUGUCCCAAUCCUGGCUAAGUUGUGUACUGUUGACAAGAUUGCUGUCCUUCCCUGUUUGCUGCUUCUUAUGUCAUACUUUGUUUUGCUUUGUUUUGUUGUAGUAGUAAAUUUCUUACUUAGCCAGCAGUUCUGGCCAAAAACAUUAUGCAUGCUUUCUAGAUUACAAUCCCAUUACAUUUUGUUUGGUAGCAAUUUCUUUUGAAAGAAUGCAGUAUCACUUUUUUUCCUGAGAAAGAAAUGCAUUUAGGUAAAGUUUCCCUGAACUUGUGAUGUAAUUUGAAUGAGAAGAGACAGGUUCUAGUCAUGAGCUUGUCCUGUAGGGAAUUGUUGGAUAACAUUGUAUAACCUUUCCUUCUUACCAGCCCCUAAUAUAUAUCUGUGUGUGUGUAUAUAUGU